GAAGGGUCGAGUUACAGCAGUGUGAGUGAGAUCGCGAAUCAAAUCAAAUCAAAACAAAACAAACCACCAAACCCGAAUCAAAACAAAGCGGACCGUGUGUCAAGGAAAGUGUGCAGCAUCAGAAAGAACAAUGGCAGAUACAGUGGCGGAAGUUCCAGUAGCUGCAGCUCCGGCUGCCGUGGCCAAGACUCCUAAGAAAGCCAAGGCCGGCGCAGGACCGAAGAAGCCGAAGAAGCCAGCAACGCACCCUCCGGUGAACACGAUGAUUCUGGCCGCCAUCAAGGCGUUGAAGGAGCGCAACGGCUCGUCGCUGCAGGCCAUCAAGAAGUAUCUGGCGGCCAACUACAAGGUGGACGUGGCCAAGCUGGGACCGUUCAUCAAGAAGGCGCUGAAGACGGGCGUGACCAGUGGCAAGCUGGUGCAGACCAAGGGUGUCGGAGCGUCGGGCUCGUUCAAGCUGUCGGCCGAGGCCAAGAAGCCUGUCGUGGAGAAGAAGAAGAAGGCUACGGUACAGAAGAAGAAGCCGGCUGCAGCAGGAGAGAAGAAGAAGAAGGCAGUGACCAAGAAGGCUGCUGGUGAAAAGAAGAAGAAGCCGGUGGCGAAGAAGGCGGAAGGCGCCAAGAAGCCCAAGGCGGCGACAGCUGUGGCCAAGAAACCGAAAACAGCGGCAGCGGUGGCCAAGGCUGGUGCAGCGAAGAAAGCUACCAAGAAGCCAGCUGCAGCGCCGAAACAGAAGGCCACCAAGCCGUCGAAGAAGACGGGAGCAACGAAGCCAAAGACGCCCAAACCGAAGAAGGUUGCUGCUCCGGCGAAGAAGAAGCCUGCAACCGCGACGAAGGCUGCAGCUGCAAAGAAGUAAAGCCAGCGGCAGAAAACGAUUGCCAGUGCUGCAGUCAUUAUUGUGUUCAACAACAGUCCUUUUCAGGACUACAGAAUGAUUUACAAAAGAAUUGCUUGUCUUCCUCGCGAUACUCUGUGAUAGGGCUGAAAAGUUGUUGCUAUGCAACAACUUGGGCCUCCUCAACGGACGGUUUUUUUGAAACACUUACUUUAUUUAGAGGUAGUUUAAUUAAGAUACAUCCUCGUACGCAAGAAUGACUUUCCUGCCACGGUGUUAAAACCAAACAACAGAAAGCCAGGAAUGGCAGGCCGAAACCUUUCGAAGUUGUAGUGCAAAAGAAGAAAAAGGAGAAGAGUGGAGAUUAAUUAAGGAAUGCAGCAAACAUUCGU